ACAACUCGCCCGCACGCUUGCGCGCACACGCUUGUACAGUAACUCCCGUCUCUCUCACGCUCCCGGCGUGAGUGACGACACACAGGCCGCCGGCUUAUAAGAGCGGGGGUGCGCUAGGACGCAAAGGAAAUCUGCAGCCAGUGCGAGAGACGAAGUGAAGUGAGCGGCCAGGAAGAGACUGCAGGGAUAGAUGGCUGCCGGACGAGCGGUGGCAAUAAUGGCGGCCACGGUGGCGGUGGCGGCGGCGGUGGCGCUGCCGCUGCUCGCGGAUGGCGCGUACGAGGACUGCUACAACUACUGCUUCAACGACUGCAUCUCCAAGGACAAGUCCAUGCGAGAAUACUGCAGCUACGCCUGCGACAAGACCUGCGCCCCCGACGCCGACGCCGACCCCAUCGUCGCCGCCGGGCUCCCCAUAAACUGCUGCCAGGUCGCCUGCGUCAGGGACUCCUGCCACCGUCGCCGUGAAGGUGAUGGCGACGACAUGAAGGCCUGCUACGGGCAGUGCGACGACCGCUGCGAGACCAAGCUCGGCCUGCCGAGGCCUCUCCGUGCAGGACGCGGCGCUGUCCGGCCGGCGGCGUUGCCCGACCACCCAUUCCACAAGAAGAAGCAGGACAUUGUCCGGCCGGCGGCGUUGCCGGACCACCCAUUCCACAAGAAGCAGCAGGACGCUGUCUGGCCGGCGGCGUUGCCGGACCACCCAUUCCACAAGAAGCAGCAGGACGCUGUCUGGCCGGCGGCGUUGCCCGACCACCCAUUCCACAAGAAGAAGCAGGACGCUGUCUGGCCGGCGGCGUUGCCAGACCACCCAUUCCACAAGAAGCAGCACGACGCUGUCUGGCCGGCGGCGUUGCCUGAUCACCCAUUCGACAAGAAGCAGGAUGUUGUCCGGCCGGCGGCGUUGCCGGACCACCCCUUCCACAAGAAGCACGACGCGGUCAGGCCGGCAGGAGAGCCGGAUCCAGGAGACGUCAUCUCUCCGGCAUGGGGCCUCGUCCGCCCCUGAUUCGUCGUUGGACAGCGACGACGCUCCGCCGCCAACGGCGAAUGCCACAUGCAUAUGCUCGUGGCCCCCGUACGUUAUCAGUAAGCCCUACUAGAGGAAAGUGUGUGAUGUGUCAGACGUAUGUAUGCAUGCCUAUUCUCAUGUUUAAGCAUAUGGGUACUAAUUGAUGAUGGACGAUGGUGAUGUUCGAACAGACCCAUGAAUGCCGACUGCAGAGUGGCGAUACCAAGGAUGCCAACUAACUCAUCUCGUAGUUGGCUGCU